AUGCAAGGUAACAGAGCAUUUUUGGCCGAUUUGGCCAACUUCCUGGAUUUUGUGGAACAAGGAAUCAUGAACAAAAAUAUGGAUCUCACAGAUUUAGUACAAACCACAAAUUUAAAUCAAUGCUUCAAAAUGAUGGAUUCGAUGUUGAAAGAGUGUGAAACUGGAGUCCCAGCUCAAGACUUAAGUGAGAUAAGAAACCGAAUAAAUGUAGCAAGAGAAACGGUAGAAAUGAUUGGAAGUUCUGGAACCCUGAAAAAUACAGACCAAAUCUACGGAGAUAUGUACCUAAUAGGCCAAAAUAACUCAGAGAGGGAGAAUUAUGAAAGGUACGGAGCGAAUCUGGGCAUGACAAAUGAAGAGUUCGAUAAACUCAUAGAAGAUUGGGCUGAAGAUCUCGACACAUCGCAAAAAGGACCAAGAAGGAGAAGGCUCAGUAAACCCGAAAACUUUCAGGAGCAGAUUCAAGGAGAAAUAGCAGAACUAGCAAAUGAAAUGAAAUCCAAGGUAGCUCGUUACAGGGAUAUCAUAGUAAAAGACAAUAAGGCCUUGCUUAAUUUUACUGGCGAGCAAGAGAAACAGCUUGACACAGUUACCCACAUAACCAAAGAGUCCACCAAGCUCACCAAAUCAGCAAACUUGUCACUUAGACAAUUUAUAAUAAUGGUAGUAACGAUGAUUGGCCUGACUUUGGCCAUCUUACACAUAUUCAUUUUAAAGAUAUUUAAAAUUUACAAAUGGAAGACAGACAAUUUUUUCAUUCCAGUACUUGAAAUUCCGAACUUCUCCAUACUCCAAAUUCCAAGAAUAAUGAAUAUAUUAAUUUUUGUUCUUUUGAGUUUAAAACUUUCAUUUUGCUCAGUCACAGUCUUCGAACUUGACAUUUCAACUAAACACCAUGACCCAUCGGCCGUUACUACCAGUGAAAUCAAAUUAGGCUCAGAACCCGAAAAAGCAACAUCCACUAAGACUGUUGUAUUAUAUGUUAGCAUGUACAGUGACGGUUUUGAAAAGGUUAAGGAUUCUCAAAAGGUAAUCUGGCAGGUCGAGCAUAACUUCACAUCCGACCACGUCAAGGUUUUUUAUAACGGUGAUGUUCCAGAAGCAAUAAAGGUUGGGCUUUUGAAGAAAGAUUCUUACGUUUAUGAUCCUAACUAUAUCCAUGCCAGGUUCUACUUGAAAAAAGGCCAAGACUGGGCCAAGGUCGAUAUUCAAGAAUACUUUGACUUUCUGGAAAAGAAUCAGUACGAGAACCUUGUCGAUAAGGAUUAUGAAAAGGGUGAAAAGUUCGAAAGUCCUGACCCCGAAAAAACAAUUCAAAUAGGAAGGAAAUACACUCCUGAAGAGGUAGAAGCCUUUAACAAAUUAUCAGACCCCGAAGAACCACUUGAACCUCAAACUAUAUCUACUCCCUCACAUCAUUUUGAUUCACAUUUGAGGGGAAUGGAUGGAGCAUUUGAGUCAUCGCCUGUACCAAUAGAAGAACAAAGCUCUCCCCAAAAAAAGAAAAGUUCAUUUUUAACAACCUCUCUUUCAUUACCAAUCGUUCUUUUGUUAUGUAUUUUAUUUGAUUAA